AUGGUGGAGCAUUCCGGUUUUUUAUCUUCAGCAGUCGAGAACGAUUGUCCAGCUACAGCUACUGCUGAUGUGGAAGAAUUUAAAGCUCUUGAAGUCCCAGAGAAACAUUCUGAUGUGGAUGACGCCAGUGAUUCACCUUCAGAUGUUGAUGUUGACAGUACUUCAGUGACAGGAGAUUUUAAUGUGAAGGAAUGUGUUUCUGAAAAAGUUGUUGAGAAACAUUCGGAUGUGGAUGACGCCAGUGAUUCACCUUCAGAUGUUGAUAUUGACAAAACUUCAGCGACAAGAGAUUUUAAUGUGAAGGAAUGUGUUUCUGAAAAAGUUGUUGAGAAACAUUCGAAUAUUUUACCACUUGAUUUAAUCGAUAGUGAGUCAAGUGAUGAUAACCAUGAUAAGUAUCAAGCUGACGCCUCUCCAUCUUUAAAUCAAGCAGAUAAUGAUGAUGAUUCUGAAGAGAACACAGAACAGUUCAUAAAAGGAGAAGACGACGAAGAAGAAGAAGCAGCAGCAGAGGAUGAUGACGAGACAGAAGAACAAGUUGGUCGUUGGACAUAUAGCUCUGGUGCAGCAAAAAAGAAAUCAAAAACUAUCUCAAAAUCUAAAACACCAGCUGGUUCUAAACCAUGUUCUAGUAUAGAGGAAGAACGACUUCAGAUUCAUCUUGAAACACAACGUCUUAUACGAGAAGCAGAUAUACGUUUACCAGUGCAUAGACCUAAACAGUUUAAAUGUUUCAGUGAAUUUCGUCAAUCACUAAAAGGCAUCACGGGAAAUGAAACUAAAGGCUGUGAAUCUUCCUCUCAGACUACAUCACUUCCAGGCUGUUGUAGUGAAACUCAAGCUAAUUCAAAACAACAGCCUACUCAAUGUGAUCCAGUGGAGUGUAAGACACUGGACAUUAAGCCUUCUAUCUCACAUGAUGAUCCAAUAGAUAAUCCUCCUUUCCAGUCAGUUGACAUGGAUUGCAGUAUUGCCGAACUCACACCAUCAACAUCAUCAUCAUCGGUAGAAAUAAAACCAAAACUUCCUUUUAUAAAUGAAUCAGAUAAACUGAUAAAUAUACUUCCUUCCCUUAGUACAAGAAGUUUAAUCAAUGAUAAUAAUGAAGAGUUUUAUAUCGAUUUAGGCGAGUCGAUUUCUUCUUCAUCUUCUUCAAAACCGACUAUAACACCCGCUGAUCAAUUAUUGGCUCGUUUAAAAAAGCAUCUUACAGUAUCUCAUGAAAAAGUUGUCCCAGAAUCUAUUGAAUAUUCGAUUAUAACAAAGGUUCAAACAAAUGAUAACGAAAGAGAAGAGCUUCAAGUGGAAAAAGUUACCCAUCGAACUUCUGCGAGUUCAUCAUCAGUUUUAUCAGCUAGUAGAAAAAAGUGGUUGGAGCAUAGAAAACUUCUUGAAGAAAAAAUGCGUCAAAAAAGAUUACAACAAUAUGAAGCACGAUUAAAAGAAGAAGGUUUAUGCGGUUCAAAAAAGUCAACUAAUGAAAACACUGAGGGAGCACCAACUAGUGAUGAAGAAUGGUCAGAAGGCGAUGAGGCUGAAGGUAGCGAAUUAUCUGAAAAUUCUAGUUCAACUGAUGAUGAAGAGGAAAGGAGUGGUGAUGAAGAUGAAGAAGAAGAAGACGAGGAAGAAGGAGACGAGGAGGAGGAGGCAGAGGAAGACGAAAAUGAAAACGAGGAUGAUGACGCUGAUGAUGUUGUUAACGUGAAGUCAUCAAAGCGUCGUGUCUGUCUUUUUGCUGAUGAUGAAGCAGAGGAAAGUGAGACAGACGGUGAUGAUAACGAUGAUGCUGAUGAUGAAAGUGGAAGUGAAACAAUGUCAACAUUUAAACAUUCAUUAAAUUUGAAAGCAAAAGAUCUAUAUAGCAAAAAGAUCGGUAUCAAUGAUCGUGAUGGGAAUUCAGAUAAAAGUAUUGACAAAUUUGGUUCGCUUCGAAAACAGCCGACAGAUUUCGAUGAUUUCACAGAUCUUCCAGAAACAAAGGCAGGAUUUGCAGAUUUUUCAGCUUGUAAUGCCAAUUUCAGUUUCCUUCAUCCACAAAGACGUCAACAAGGCAGUUUAGGUCCUGGUGAUGUAGAUCUUUUUGCUACUGAUUGUUCAAGCAUUUUAGAUAAAACUAUGAAUCCUCGAUCCAUGUUGGCUUCAACACGUUUAGACACAACUACUGUCGGUGAUGAAAAUAAAUCACGUCUAUCACGUGAUUCAUCUUCACACAGUCAAUGGAAUAAUACACCGUAUGAAUUACUUUACUCUCAAAGACCUAAUAGUCAAUUACUCUUAGCGUCCCGGUCGGAGUCCUUUAAUGAAGAAUCAAUUGAUGAUAAUUUAACACUAUUGAGCAGUAAUAUAAAUCAUCUAUCAUCUCAAGACACUGUCUUGUUAUCUCAAGAACCUACUCAACCACUCUGCGACUUGGAUCCUACUUUGAUAUUAUCUGAAGAAGCAAAUAUGAGUGUUCAUUCACAAAUUGAACAUGAGAAACGUCGUGAUUUAUUCGGUGGCUCAGUUUCUGAGCAAUCAGAAGUAUUCACUGAUUUGGCCAGUAAAACAACGGAGAAAAAUAUUAGUCAUCCAGAUUCUCAAAUGCAUCAUGAACAUCGUCGCAAUCUCUUUGGUGGAUCACUAUGUGAUGAAGACCAGUCACGGGAGUUUACCGAUUUAAUUACAAAUGAAUCUGUUAAAGAGAAUGAUACUUCAAAUUCACAGGUACAACAUGAAGAUCGUUGUAAUUUGUUUGCUGGAUCACUAUACAAUCAUUCUCAAGAUGUAAUCAAUAGCGAAAUUGAUCCGUUGGAAAGAAAUAACACUUCAGAUUCUCAAGCGCUCCAUGAGGACCGAUAUAAUCUCUUUGGAGGUUCAAUAUCUAGUCAUUCAGAAGCCUGUAGACCUGAGACUGUUAUAUCGAUUAAUAAUUCGGAUUCACAGACAAAUCAUGAAAAUCGACAUAAUUUAUUCGGUGGAUCAUUAUUUAAUCAAUCACAACCAUUUAUGGAUUCAACUACUGAAUCCGUUAUGAAUAAUAAUAAUAAUACUGAUUCUCAAGCUGAUCAUACGAAUCGACGUAAUCUGUUCAGCGGAUCAUUAAGUGAUGAACAAUACAUGGAUUCGACUAUUAAACCUGUUGACAUUGAUCACAAUAAUGAUAUUAGUCAUUCAGAUUCGCAAUUCCAUCAUGACAAUCGGCAUCAUUUAUUCAGUGGAUCAUUAUGUGGUGACCACCAAUCACAAUCGUUCAUGGAUUCAACUGAUCAAAGUGUUAAUCUAGAUUCACAGAUUCAACACGACAAUCGACAUGAUCUAUUUGCUGGAUCAUUGUGUAACCAAACACAGGCGUUUAUAGACGAAACCGCAAAACCAAAUGGAGAGAAUGAUAAUUCAGAUACGCAUAAAGAUCAUGGAAAUGACUGUAACUUGUUUGGUGAAUCAACACAUGAUCAAUCAGAAGUGUUUAUGGACUCGAUUACAAAACCUAAAAUAAAGAAUGAUAAUCCAGAUCCCCAGGAUUCUUCGCUACCAUCUUCUAUGCCUUCAACACAGAGUUCAUCGCGUCGACGAGUACUCAUUCUGGAUGAUGAUGACGACGACGAGGGGCAUCAGCAGCAGGGAUUGGAGAAGAGUGAAAAAACAGUUAAAAAUAGCAAUCGAGAAGAAGGAAUCCUUGAAGAUGACGAUAAUGAGAAGUUAAACGCAGAUGAUUCUGAAGAUGAAGGAGGCGAAGCAAGCGAUAAUUCUGAUGGUACUGUUUCUGCUAAAGAGGAUAGUGAAGUGGAAGAGGCUGAUGAGGCUGAGGAUAAUGAAGAGGAGGAUGAGGAGGAAGAAGAAGAAGAGGAUACAGUUGCAGAUGAUGAUGAUGACGAAGAAGAAGUACAACGUCUUACUGUGAAUUCGACUGAAGUGAAAAAGAAGAAAAAAUUUCGUGUUAAUGAUUUUGUCGAUGAAGAAGCUGAAUUAUCCGGUGAUGAAAAUGAACGUGCAUAUUAUAUGGAUGAUGAAGAUGAAUUGAAUGCAAAUGAUGAUGAUGAUGAGCUCGCUGAUUUAAUUGAUGAAAAUGAUACAAAUAUUCCAUCAUCUGGUCGUUUAAGACGUCAACUUGAACGUGUACAUCAUCGGCUACAAACUGAUCAAGAUUUACGUGAGAUACGUAUUCUCAAGGAAUUGUAUCUAGAAGAUGGAGAUUUACACGCCGAAGAUGGCCGUGUUCGUCAACGACGUUUCCGAUGGCGGGGAUUAGAUAAUGAUGAUCCAUUUGCUGAUCAAUUGAAUAUGAACGAUGAUGGUGAUGACGGAGAUGAAAGUUCAAAUGAUGAAGGUGAUGUACCAUAUGGUCCUAUGGAUCGUUGGUUACGUGGUCCAUUAGAUUCGAAACUAAAAUCUUCUAGUGGAAAUAACAAUGGUGAUAAUAAUCAGUCUAUGGAGAAUGUUGAUCUUGAUUCGGAUGGAAUACAAAAAUCUAAAGAUAAUCCUAGUGACGAUACACCUCCAGGAUCAGACAUUGACGAUGAUGAUAAUAAUAAUAAUGAUAAGGAAAAUUUACAGAAUAAUAUUGACUCAAGUACAAAUAUAUUUUCCACUAAUGCAGUUCUAUCCCUUGGAAGAAAAGCUCUGAUGAAAACUCAAACAAAAGUGCAAACUCAAAUAAUUGUUAAAAAUAAAAUAUCAGCUAAUCGUGGGAAAACUACAAAACCAUGUCAUGUUGUUAAAAACGCAUCAAUAUCCAACUUUUUAAAGCCUAAAUUGACAACUAGUGAGUCGACUACAACAAAAACAACUACUACUUCCAUUAAGAAUGAUAAGCAUAUCAACACGGAUGAGUUUGAUGCAGGUGAUGAUGAUGACGACAAAACCAAGGAUGAUAAUAAUAAUAACAAUACUUGUAAAUCUGUUGAUUUUAUAAAACCCAUAUUGUAUACUGAUAAUAACACUCGUGAUGUUAAACUUCCAGUGGUCAGACGUGGCUCUUUGUUGAGUCGUCCUACUGGAAGUUUUCUUCCAGGUUUCAAAUCUGAAUUGCCUAAAAAAGCUUCAAGUUUCACUGAAGAUUUUGAUACUGACUCACCAACAAAUAGUGGUAAUAACAAUAGUAGUAACAACAGUCAGAAUAAUCGUCAUGGUAAUCAUGCACACUUAUUAGGUUUACGCAAUAAAGUGGGUCUGUCCUGUUUCACUAAGGUUACACCAAAUGUAAAACCAGAGAAAAGUGAUUCAUCAUUUGAUAAUGUUGACAGUGCGAGUAAUCAAUCAGCUGUUCAAGGAUCUUCUAAGUGUACUACUAUAAAGCAUAAACGUUCAAUGGACAUGAUUAAACCGCAUUCCGCGUUGCUAAGUCCUCCAAGUUUAAAACGUCAUCGAUCGACCAGCGUAUUUACAGCACUUCUCAACGAAAACAACCAUCACCAGUCAAAUCCUUCCAAACCAACACUUGAAUCUGCGAAUUUGUUUAAUCGCACUGCCUACUACGUCUCGGGUGUUUGCCGCGGUCCAGACAUUUCAAGUUUGAUAUUGAGAAACAUGACUGAUUCGUGCACUGUUGUCAUCGAUGGUAUAACAAAUGUCGAUACUUUAAAGCCAGAUUUACUAAGAGCGUGGUUAGCUCCACAUGGAGCUAUUAAAUGUUUAUCUAUUUAUGAAAAGUUAGUAUUUGCAGAGUUAGAAAACGCUACAGUUGCCAAAAAUGUCAUUAAAAGCGAAAAUGGUAGUAUGUUUCGGAAAGAUUAUGUAUCAGUACGUUAUCCACUACCUUGGGAUAUGAUGGUUACCGGUUAUUUCGUGACCAAACGUGAGUGGACUUCACAAGUGAGCGAAGAAGAAAUUAACAAUGAAGCAAAUAGUGAAGCUGAAUCAUCAAAUGAAAAGGCUUCUUCAGAAGUUGAUGCAAAAGAAUUAUUGGCACAAGUUAAGUAUUUGGAUAUGGAUGAGUUAUGUAACCUGUACACUACAUUACAAGAUAUAUUUAAUAAAGAAGAAAAAAGAAAGAAAAAAGCCAAAUCUCUUCCUUCAGGUCGUCCUUGGCUUGAUGACGAGGCCAAAAGACUGUUUGCUAUAAGAAAUGAGGCAUUGAAAAAGCUGGAGAAGGAGGAUAACAAAGAAAAUUUGGAGAGAUUUUUUCUUUGUGAAACAUUAUAUAUUAAGGCGCGGAACAGAUGUCAGAAGGCCUGGAUGCAUAAAAUUAAUCAAGAAAUUGAUUCCCUUAGAAAACUUCAAAAAGAUCAUAGUAAAAAAGAAACAGAUGGAAAUUCUCUUUCGUUUGAUGAAGGACAUUCGUGA